AUGCCAGCGGACUCGUACUCCAUCUUCCCAAACAACUUCGUCGCUCCCCAAGAAGAAGAGCGAGACCUCGACGAUUUAUGCCUGGCGCAGACAUUAUCGAAGCACACUGGCACGAUCUGGACAAUGAAGUUUAGCCACGAUGGCGCUCGGCUCGUGUCAGGAGGUCAAGAUGCCAUCCUACGCGUUUGGAAGGUUCAAAUUAGCUCCGAAGAAGAUGCAAAGGUUGCAAGAGAGAGCGAUGAAAAGCAGAUUCUUGAUGCUGAGCCCGAGAGAUCGUACCAGGGGCACACAAUGCCGAUCGUCGAUGUGUCGUGGAGUCGCAGCAACUUCAUUCUGUCGGCAUCAAUGGACAAGACGGUGAGGCUGUGGCAUAUCUCGCGCGAAGACUGUCUGCAUGUAUUUCAUCAUCCUGACAGUGUGCCAGCGGUGGAUUUUCACCCAAAGGAGGACCGAUACUUUUUAUCCGGGUGCUUCGACAAUAAAGCACGCGUGUGGGAUAUUCCAGACGGUUGCGUGGUUUCCUACGUCCAGACACCAGUGAUGAUCACAGCUGCUAGCUUUAACCCUAGCGGCACCCGUGCCAUUGUUGGCUUACUGAACGGCCAAUGCAUUUUUUACCAAGUCAACUCGCACCAGCAGAUGAAUUACUACACGCAGAUUGAGUGCCGAAACAGUCGGGGGUCGAUGAGAAAGGGGCGCAAGGUCACCGGUAUCGAGUUUGAUCCGGAGGGCAAGUAUUUCUUGGUCAGCACAAACGACUCGCGCAUGCGGCUUUUCUCAGUCGACAACUAUUCCCGAAUAUGCAAGUAUAAGGGCCUCGUAAAUGGCCACCUUCAAAUCAAGGGGAGAUUCAGCCAAGACGGAGACUUCGUAAUUUGUGGGUCCGAGAACGGCUCGGUUUACGUUUGGAACAAAGCAAGGUUUGUUAUCCUGUCGCAGGAAAUGUAG